UCGAAAACUAUUUGCCCAGAAUGGCUUUGAAUUGUUAUCCUCCUGAUCUCUUCCUCCUGAGUAGCUAGGAUUAUAGUUGUGGGCCACUGGCGCCCUGCGUGUCUCACCACCUUUACCAGCUGUUUCUUAAUGAACCACAUUCCUCAUCCAUUGCAUGGGCCUAUCCUUGGGGGCUGGGGACCCUUUCCUAGAGGAUGUCAUGCUGUCUUGGUACCAUGGAAGAGCUUGUGCCACUUGGAUAUCCAGAGUACAGUGUCUGGGUGUGAAUCUUGAAAGGGCAGGGGUUAGUUGGAGGAGGUGAAGGAAGAGAUGGGAGUCCCAGGGGCUGGUCAGCCAUGUUCUCAUGCAGACUGGACGAUGGGGACUGGAGUACACUCAAGUCCUAUGUGUGUGCCUGGAAUCUGGACCGGCGAAACCUGAAUCCCCGGCAGCCCUUGGCGGUGAUGGAGGUACCCAGCGCUGUCAUGUGCUUGGCCUUCCACCCCACGCAGCCCUCCCACAUCGCAGGAGGGUUGUACAGUGGGGAAGUGCUGGUGUGGGACGUGAGCCGUCCUGAGGACCCACUGCUUUGGCGCACAGGUCUAACUGAUGACACCCACACAGACCCUGUGUACCAGGUGGUUUGGCUGCCAGAGGCUCGGCACAGUCACCGCUUCCAGGUGCUGAGUGUGUCUACCGACGGGAAGGUGCUGCUCUGGCAGGGGAUUGGGGCAGGCCAGCUGCGGCUCACGAAAGGCUUUGCCCUGGUGGUGCAGCAGCUGCCACGGAGCACCAAGCUGAAGAAGCCAUCUCGGGGUGAGACUGAGGUGGGUGCCACAGCAGUAGCUUUCUCCAGCUUCGACCCCAGCAUUUUUGUCCUGGGCACUGAAGGUGGCUUCCCGCUCAAGUGUUCCCUGGCAGCAGAGGAGGCGGCCCUCACUCGGAUGCCCAGCUCCGUGCCCCUGCGGGCCCCAGCUCAGUUCACCUUCUCUCCCCAUGGAGGUCCUGUCUACUCUGUGAGCUGUUCCCCCUUCCACAGGAAUCUGUUCCUGAGUGCAGGGACGGACGGCCAUGUCCACCUACACUCCAUGCUGCAGGCCCAGCCCCUGGCCUCACUGCAGCUCUCCCACAAGUACCUCUUUGCUGUGCGCUGGUCCCCUGUGCGCCCUCUGGUUUUCGCAGCGGCUUCUGGAGAAGGUGAUGUGCAGCUGUUUGAUCUCCAGAAAAGCUCCCAGAAACCCACAUUGUGCAUCGCGCAAACCCAGGAUGGAAGCCCUGUCUACUGUCUUGAAUUUAACAGCCAGCAGACCCAGCUUUUGGCUGCUGGUGAUGCCAAGGGCACAGUGAAGGUGUGGCAGCUGAGUACAGCCUUCACAGAACAAGGGCUGCGGGAAACCGAGGACUUGGACCAGCUGGCGUCAGAGGUGGCCACCUGAGGGCGCCAGGGAAC